ACAGAGAUCAGUUUGUGACUUGAGGCUUGCUUCAUUCUGAAAGACAGAAAGAAAGAACUGACAGACAGACAGAAAACAGUUAAAGAUUAGGAGAGAGCGAGGCAGGUUUCUUACUGCUAGCUGGAGAUGGAUUUACCGCAGAAUGAAGCUGCUGGCUCUCAACCUCCAGCUGCGUGCAAACAAGCCCACUUCUUAAGGGAUGUGAUCUUUCACGGAAAAUUUCAGCUCCUGAAGUCUCUGGCUCCGGAGGAGAACACACAAUGCCGACGGGGGCUGUAUUUCCAGGAUGGUAAGAGGCGGGUGGACUACAUCCUCACUUACCACAUCAAGAAGAGCGGCAGCUCCCGGCGGCACGCGUCUCGCCUCAGAGACAACGCCUUCACCCGCACCCUGCGGAGGGGUCGAGCGCCGCCAGCGCCAGCAGCCGGACAGGACGCCGAGGCCGGCUCGCCUGACCUCAGCAUGGACCACCACGACGACGACAAGUGCUUGCGGCGUGAGGAGUUCGAGAGGAACCUGCUGGAGAUGGGCCUGGAGCUGGAGCGGGACGAGGAGACCAAGACUCCUGGGGUGGGCUUUGUGAAGAUUCAUGCUCCGUGGAGCGUUCUCUGUCGAGAGGCUGAAUUCAUGAAACUGAAGAUGCCCACCAAAAAAGUGUAUGAAGUCAAGCACAGCAGUGGCGUAAUGGAAAAGAUCAACGCGUUCAUCAGCAAACUAACAGAUCCUCUUCAUCCAAACUUGGACGAGAACAGGACACAGAAAGUGAAGCACCUCUCGUACCCGUUCUCCAGGGAAAAGCAGCAUCUGUUUGAUUUGUCUGACAAAGAUUCCUUUUUUGACAGUAAAACAAGAAGUUCAUUAGUGUGUGAAGUUUUGAAGCGAACCAAGUGCACAAAAGCGAAAUUUAGCAUGGGAAUAACUAGUCUGCUUGGGAGCGGUGUUUAUUUGGCUGCUUAUCCAUUACAUGAUGGCGAUGUUAACGGGGAAAAUGCAGAGCCAAAUGAUAGAAAGCUGCUGUACGAAGAGUGGGCCAGCUACAGUGUCUUUUAUAAGUACCAGCCUAUUGGUUUGGUCAGGAAGUACUUCGGAGAGAAGAUCGGUCUGUACUUUGCCUGGCUUGGUGUUUACACCCAGAUGCUGAUCCCCGCUUCCUUAGUAGGGGUCAUUGUGUUCCUCUAUGGAUGUGUUACUGUUGAUGACGACAUUCCCAGUAUGGAGAUCUGUGACCAGCGGAAGAACAUCACCAUGUGUCCGCUGUGUGACCGCGUCUGCAGCUACUGGAACCUGAGCACGGCGUGUGGGACGGCCCGGGCCAGUCAUCUGUUCGAUAACCCUGCCACUGUCUUCUUCUCCAUCUUCAUGGCGCUGUGGGCGGCGUUCUUCAUGGAGCACUGGAAGAGGCGGCAGAUGCGUCUCAACUACGAGUGGGAUCUGACGGGCUUCGAGGACGAGGAGGAAGCACUGAAGGAUCACCCGCGAGCUGAAUAUGAAUUCAGAGUCAUGCAGAAAUCGCUGAAGAAAGACCACAGAUCACAGAAGCCAGAGAAAGAAAAGCUCACGUGUAGAGACAGAUUUCCUGCGUAUAUGACGAACCUCAUCAUGAUGCUUUUAAUGAUCGGCGUGACGUUUGCUAUUGUAUUUGGCGUGAUUUUGUACCGGAUCUCAACCAAAGCCGCUCUGGCUAUGAGCUCGAACCCCAUGACCCGCUCCAACGUCAGGCUGACGGUCAAAACGACCGCGGCCAUCAUAAACCUGGUGGUCAUUCUCAUUCUGGACGAAGUGUACGGCGCCGUCGCCCGCUGGCUCACUGUUCUUGAGGUUCCUAAAACAGAUAAGAGCUUUGAAGAAAGGCUGAUCUUCAAAACCUUCAUCCUCAAGUUUGUGAAUGCGUUCACUCCCAUCAUAUACAUUGCGUUUUUCAGAGGCAGACUCGGGGGCCGUCCCGGGAGUUAUCUGUACGUGUUCGAGUCCUAUCGCAUGGAGGAGUGCGCCCACGGCGGCUGUCUCAUGGAGCUCUGCAUUCAGCUCAGCAUCACCAUGCUCGGCAAACAGCUCAUCCAGAACAACCUGUUUGAGAUCGGCGUCCCUAAACUGAAGAAGCUGAUCAGAUACAUUAAAUCCAAGAGAGCCACUUUCCAGGAAGAGGAAUAUGAGAAGAAGUUGCAGCGUUAUGAGACGGAUCACUUCCUGGAGCCCUUUGUUGGCCUCACACCCGAGUACAUGGAGAUGAUAAUCCAGUUUGGCUUUGUGACUCUGUUUGUGGCAUCUUUUCCACUGGCGCCUCUGUUUGCCCUCCUGAACAACAUCAUUGAAAUCCGUCUUGAUGCCAAGAAGUUUGUGGCAGAACUAAGAAGACCAGAUGCAGCCAGAGGCAAAGACAUCGGAAUCUGGUAUAAUAUUCUCAGAGGAGUUGCAAAAGUGGCAGUUAUUGUCAAUGCGUUUGUGAUCUCCUUCACGUCAGACUUUAUUCCACGGCUGGUCUAUCAGUACAUGUACAGUCCGGAUGGGUCGAUGCAUGGCUUUGUCAACCACACGUUGUCUUACUUUAACGUCAGUCACUUCCAGAACGGUACUGCCCCACUGGAGCCUUACCACUUGGGCUUCCAUGUGGACAUGUGCAGGUAUAAAGACUACAGAGAGCCUCCGUGGUCGCUGACGCCAUACGAGAUCUCAAAAGAGUUCUGGGCUGUGUUGGCCGCCAGACUAGCAUUUGUCAUUGUCUUUCAGAAUGUGGUGAUGUUGAUGAGUGAUGUUGUGGACUGGAUCAUCCCAGAUAUUCCCAAAGACAUCAGCUUACAGAUCCAUAAAGAGAAGAUCCUCAUGAUGGAUCUGUUUAUGAAAGAGGAGCAGGGAAAGACACGGACAGAGGAUGGCCGUAAGGAGAUGAGUCCCAGUCCUCCAAUGCGUUCGCGCUCCGCCUCGCACACGGCCUGCAAAAACUACUAGCAUCAGCAGCCUCAGAGAUUCAUCGUUACAUUCCACUGACGACCCCAGACUGCUGCUGGGUCUGAAAGAAAGCCAGUUCCCACUGCCCCGGCUCUUCAUGCUUCUUCGUGGUUCUGUCAUUGUUCUGUCUCAGCGAACCGGUGUUGUGCAGUUUCUUAGCACUGCUGGACAUUAGCAUAAAUCAGAGUUGGUCAGCUCUAGCUCGAGGGCUAGAGAUGAUGAACACUUUCUUCUGCGUUGUCUUGCAGGUCAGUUAUUGUCAUGGCAAAAGUUUGCAGAAGCGUGUUGAACAAGUUAUUUCAAGUACUUGGAGAACAUGUCCCACAUAAUGACAGACACAUUUAUAAGAUAGUAUCGCCCCCUUGAGUGCGACGGUUUGUUUGACCACCCGUUUGACCCAUAAAAAAGGCUAUGUUAUAAAUAUAUAUAGAUUCUGAUUUUCAAUACUAAAGGUUUUGGUUGUUUUGUUUGCAGUUGUUUGUGAUUGAAAAUAUCUACCGUCAUCUAUUUAUAACAAAGCCUAAAUAUGGGAAGAGAUGACAGGAUUUCUAUAAACUUUAUCAAUCAUUUGGACAAGGAUUGAAAAUGCAGAGGUCACAGUGAAAAUUUGAUUCCAAUAUCAUAUUUAAAAUGAAAAGCCACAUCAAGUUUAAAGUGGAUGGCCUUUAUUCAUUCUUCUGUUUGCUCCGUUUCAGAGAAAAUAACGUUAAUAAAGUGAUGAGCCCGCUUUAAUUCUUUUAAUCAAACGUACCUCGGUAUUUCAUGUUUUCACUUUUAUUGUACGGUAAUUUUUCUAAAGCUUUUAAAUCUUUUGUAUAUUUGAUGCUCUUCAUAUUUAAUGGUGCCUGGUAGGAUAUUCAUCAUCUGUAUGCUGAGCAAGCAUUAACGUUGUGGAACAUUUCAUAAGACAUUAUACUUCUCAUUCACAUUGUGUUCAUAAGAGUGUAACAGACUUGAAAACCAUCAAUUCCAUGUCAAGUCCAAUAAUGUUUUAGAUUUUAUACAGAAUCAUUAAGUCAAUUAGACUCGUAGAUUUCGAAUGCAUCUGUAUCCUGUCCUAAGAUUUGUGGCUUUGAUUAAUAGUUUGCCAAGACAUAAAUGAACUAAAGGUGAUUACACGCACCAAAGAUAUCUGUGCUUUUGGUAUUUUGAGGUCUUAACAUGAAAACAGAAGUCAUAUUGUUUUUUUUUUUAAGAAUUGUGAAUGGUGUUUAUUAUUUACUGCCUUACAUGUCUACAUUUUUAAUACAUGUAACAUUUUGUUUGCUUGCCUUAAUUUAGAAACACAGUAUGCUUUAGUGAACGUGUCGCUGUGUAUUGUAAUGCAACACUAAAAAGAAAUAAAGUUUUUCAGUUGUCA